AUGAAAAGAGCUUUGUACAAAUGUGAUAUAUACAAGAAGGAAAUUGACUACUCAACCUCAGACAAAGACAAACUCCAACUCAGGGGAGGAGUCACUCGAUGCUCUGGACGAGUGGAGAUCUGGCACAAUGGCUCCUGGGGGACUGUAUGUUAUUUCUCACAGGACUUUAUGGCAGGUGCUAAUGCAUUUUGUCAGCUGCUGGGCUGUGGCUCUGCUGUGGCUGCUGUGCCAGGGGCUACAUUUGGCCCAGCAAAAGGGAACAUCUGGCUGGUACAGUGCAGCGGGACAGAGUCUUCUCUGUGGGAUUGUCCUAGAACCAUAGAACAAAAUAUCUGUACUCAUGAGGACGAUGCUGGUAUAAUGUGCUCAGGAAUUGUCAAGCUGGUUGGAGGGGAUGGGCCCUGUAAUGGGAGGGUAGAAGUCUAUUCUGAAACAAAAUGGAGCACAGUCUGUGACUGGAAUUUUACUCUUUCUACCGCCAAAGUCAUCUGUGCUGACUUACAGUGUGGGACUGCAGUCUCCGUCAUGAAAGGAGCUCACUUUGGAAGAGGAAAUGGACACAUCUGGGAUAAAGAAUUUCAGUGUAAUGGAAGUGAACCGUUUCUCUCAUUGUGCCCCACAGUACCACUUCCACAGGGAAAAUGCAGCCACAGCAUGGAUGUUGGAGUCAUUUGUUCAAGGUACACAGACUUUCGUCUGAUGAAUGGAAGCUCCCAAUGUGAAGGAAGAGUGGAGAUCCAAGUACUGGGGACCUGGAGGACUCUCUGUGACUCCCACUGGGACCUGGCGGAUGCCAAUGUUCUCUGCCAUCAGCUCAACUGUGGUGCUGCCACAAAGCCUCCAGAAGAUGUACAUUUUGGCAAAGGAAGUAUCCAGAUCAUAGGGGAUACAUUUUAUUGCACAGGGACUGAAUCUCAUUUAUGGGAUUGUUCUGUGACUGUUCUGGGGACUUCUCUGUGUUCCAAAGGAAAAGUUGCCUCCGUGGUAUGCUCAGAAAGAAAGUUGGGCAGUCUGAGGAAACUGUUCUCUUUCCUUGGGAAAAUGGGCAAUUAUUCUGAAUUUCUCCCUGUAGAAAAUGGACAGCUUCGUCUGUUGAAUGGAAGAGGUCCCUGCUCUGGAAGAGUUGAAGUCUAUUACAAUGGGACCUGGGGGACCAUCUGUGAUGAUUCUUGGGACCUGAGUGAUGCCCACGUGGUGUGCAGGCAGCUGGGCUGUGGAGUGGCCCUCGAAGCCAUGGUCUCUGCUCACUUUGGACAAGGAUCAGGACCCAUCUGGCUGAAUGAGCUCAGCUGCUCUGGAAAUGAAUCCCAUCUAGGGGAGUGCCCUUCCCUCCACUGGGGUCAGCAUGACUGCAGACACAAAGAGGAUGCGGGAAUCCUCUGCUCAGAGUACCUGAAUCUCAGGCUGGUGAGUGAGGACCAUAUGUGCUCUGGGUGGCUAGAGGUUUUCUACAAUGGAACAUGGGGCAGUGUUUGCUCCAACUCCAUGGAUGACAAUACCAUAUCAGUGAUUUGCAGACACCUGAGUUGUGGUGCCAAGGGGCAUAUUGAACCACUUUCUGGUCCCCAAAAUCAUUUGGGGGCCAGGUGGAUAGACAGAAUCAACUGCCAAGGUCAAGAAUCAUCCCUCUGGCAUUGUCCUUCUCAAUCCUGGGACCAGAAUUCUUGCCAGCAGGGAGAGGAAGCCCUUAUCACAUGUGAAGACAAACUCCGACUCAGGGGAGGAGAGACCCCAUGCUCUGGACGAGUGGAGAUCUGGCACAAUGGCUCCUGGGGGACAGUAUGUGAUGACUCAUGGGACCUAGCAGAUGCUCAUGUGGUUUGUCAGCAGCUGGGCUGUGGCUCUGCUCUGGCUGCCCCAGAAUGGCUUGGAUUUGGCCCAGGAAAUGGGCCUAUCUGGUUGGAUGAUGUACGGUGCAGAGGGAGGGAGUCCUCUCUGUGGCAUUGUCCUGCAAGGCCCUGGGGGCAGAAUGACUGUAAGCAUGAGCAGGAUGCUGGUGUCAUGUGCUCAGGACCAAUCACUAAGACAGAUUCUGCCUCUUUGAACUCUCUACUUGGGAUCUUCUGCCUCAUUUUAGGGGCCCUUGUCUUCCUGGUCCUCAUCCUUCUAGGGAUUCAGAUGCACAGAAGGAGAAUCCAGCAACAAGCUUUGUCCAGAUAUGGGGAUUUUCUUUAUGAAGCCGUGUACCAAGAUGUUGAUUACUAUCUGACAGGGGGCAAGGAGGACCUUCUGAGCAGCCAAGAUAUCUCAAGUCAGCCUGGUGAUCCCCCAGGUGAUGGGUAUGAUGAUGCUGAAGAAUUACCUGGGCCUGAAAUGCCCCCUGUCACCCAGAUGAAUGAGGAGGGCACUCUGGGGCCUACUGAUGCAGGGGAUGAGUACAGGGAGUCACACACAGGUCAGCCUCCUGAGUUCUUUGGGAGAUCCCCUGACUCCAGGACUGGAGAAGAUGACCCACCCAUGUCCUCUGAGGACCUCGGGUAUGAUGAAGCUGAGAUUGGUGUCCCUCAGAUGUCACUUUAA